AUGGAACCUUUCAACUCUUACGUAACCUCGACCUUCGACAAUUCAUUAGUUUUUGCGGAACAAGAUGUCACCAUACAAACCGAAUCACUCGAGGAAUUAUAUCUUCCCGUCUACAAAAUCUCUCAAGAACCACCAGAAUUCUAUUCUUAUCCUCUAUUCACUUCAACAUUAGCGAUGAACGCAAGAAACAUGACGCAGAAACCUUCCGAAUACGGCUUCUGGUGUUCCGAUAUUGACGAUAGCUUUUCAUCUGAUAAUGGCAUACUUGUUGGCACCGAUGUUGUUUCAAUCAUGAAUUCAUGUGGAUCUUAUCUAUGCCGAGAAGCUGCCUUGUCGCCAUUUCCGUUAAUUGCUUCCUACUCGUCGCAGCAUUUUGAAGAUAAUUAUUUUUCACGUGAUGCUUCAUCAACGACCUUUGCUACGUCGCCGACAAUUGACACCAACAAUCUAUCAGCCUCUGAUUUCCUUCCAAACGUCCAACAAAGAAAGACAAGUCCACUCGUUGAAUCAUGCAUCGACAUCGAUUCUCGACUGGAGUCUUCGAGCGUUGAGAACAAUUCCUUUAAUACCGAAGAUCUCAUCGAUCUCCAUAGCUUUUGUUUAAACAUCGAGAGUUUUGAUCUUGCUACUCUUUUAAAUCAUUCCACAAACCUCGAAUUCAUUUCACCUUCGGAAAUAUUCUCGCCUUCUGACAUCCCCGCAAAUUCUUCGGCUUCUUCAUCCUUCACUAUCGCUUCCGACAUUUCAUAUCCCACUACUGACUCCGACUCCCCUUCACCACAUACAAUUCAAUUGCCUCAAAAACGGGUUCGUCCUGAAGAAUUUUUCUCCAUGAAAGAGAACGUUGACGAAGAGGAAGAAUCGAAUACUAAACGUCGUCGGAUUAUGAAUUAA